GUUGGAAUAGGUAUUCUUGAGGUUUUCGGGUCACAGUUUAACAAACACAGAUAACUUUGUGUGAUCGAGUAAUCUGAACGUAUUUAAUCGUGUCGAGACGUCCCUCGCGAGUGUUACGAGAUUUAUUAUUAUUAUAAUUAUAUAUUUAAGUUAUAUUUUAACUGCAUGUGUUCUUGUUAAAAUGAUGCGACUUUGUAUAAUAGUGGUGAUGUUAGUGCUCUCCGUACAUUACUCAACAUGUCAGAAAGGCUCGUGUCCACCGACGCUGUCAACGGACGUGUGCGACGCGACGUGCGGGCCCGCGUCUCCGUGCGACGCGCCGCAGCUGUGCUGCCCGACCGCGUGCGGCGGCUCCAUGUGCGUGGACGCCAUGACGCUGAGGCACUUCGUAACAUUAGUGAAGCCGGGCACGUGCCCCGAGUUUCCGCGCGGAGUGUGGGUGUGUAGUCACUCGUGUACCGGCGACUCGGACUGCCCGCGCAAACUCAAGUGCUGCCCCAACCGCUGCGGCGCGCUGACCUGCCAGCGCCCGGACGCUGACGACACGUGACGACUUACACAACUACCCGCAAGAUAUAACUAAUAAAUAUUGUCAAAUAAUUAUAUUUACUUCUCUACUAAUAAUCUAUUCUAUUAAAGAUCCUUUAAGAUCGGAGCAGCCAUGUCGAAUAUAUACCUGGAUAAACACAGACAGUCAGAAAGACACUUGAUUUUUUUUUAUAUACUAUAUAUUCAGUAUUGAUCAAUGAUAAGUUUAUACUAUAGAUCGUUUACGUCCCUACAAAAUCACCGCAAAAAGUGAUCAAAAUAAUAGGCUACAACAAUGAGCGCAAACAUGCACAAUGUUUUCUUUAAUCCCAUUAUACAUUUAUGUAUAUAUAGCUUUUACACUUCCUGAAUACACAACUCGAAAUUGUAGACGAUAUUUAGGUAUUAUUUGUUUGUAUGUUGUGGUCAACAACGACGGUUGACCACAACUAACAUUAAGCUGUGUAUAAAUUUUGAGCGCCUCUCGCCUGCCCGCGCAAACUCAAGUCAAGUGCUGCCUCAACCGCUGCGGCGCGCUCACCUGCCAGCGCCCGGACGCUGACGACACGUGACGACUUACACAACUACCCGCAAGAUAUAACAAAUAAAUAUUGUCAAAUAAUUAUAUUUACUUCUUUACUAUAUGUAACCUAUUCUUUACUAUAUGUAACCUAGUCGUUUUAGGAUCGGUCGGGCCGUGUCGAAGAUUAACCUGAACGAACCUACUGACAGUCAUAUAGACAUUUCAUUCAUCAUCAUUAUCAAAUCGUUGAGCUCACUGUCGAGCUCAAGUCUCCUCUCAGAAUGAUAGGGGUAAGGUCAAUAGUCCACCACGCCGGCCCAAUGCGGAUUGGCAGACUUUACACACGCAGAAAAUUAAGAAAAUUCUCUGGUAUGCAGGUUUCCUCACAAUAUAUCUUAAAAUAAAUAGACACUUGUUUUUUUUCUUCAUAUAGUAUUAAUUUUAUUAUUUAUCACACUCAGGUAAAUUAUCCAUACACACAUACAUUUAUAUAAUGUUCUCAACGAUCAAGUGCUGCCCCAAUCGCUGCGGUGCGCUGACCUGCCAGCGCCCGGAUGCUAAUGACACGUGAAAACUACUACACUACUCACAAAAUAUACCUAAUAAAUAAAUAUGCAAAUAAAUUCUGUAAUAUUAGUAUAUUGACCUACUUCUCUACUACAGAAUAUUACCUCUUCCAUCUUCCAGUGAAUGUCCGUUAAAGAUCGGUCCAGCCGUUCCGAUGAUGAGCCUGGACAAACAGACUUACAGACAAACAUACUGACAUUUAAGUCUUGUUUAUGUUUUGGUGAAUUCUGAGUUUGAUAAAAACACUGCGACAAGAUAAUUUUAUAAGUAUAUUCACUCGCGUGGUUCCCGUUCCCGUAGCCUAUAAACUUCCUCGGUAAAUGGGCUAUCUAACACUGAAAUAAUUUUUCAAAUCAGUCCAGUCGUUCCUGAGAUUAGCGCGUUCAACCAAACAAACAAACUCUUCAGCUUUAUAAUAUUAGUAUAGAUUAGAUUUAAACGAGAGAUAAGUACAUAUGAUUAUAUAAUAAACUCGAAAAAAUUAUCAACGAUCCGGAGAGCAGAUUCCGAAAAAACAACACUAGUUUUUAUUUGUUUGCGUCCCUAUAUAAAAAAAACCAUUAAAGAAUAUCUUCUUCUUAAUCGUGCACUCUUGGCAGAGUGGUCGUGGUUGCAGCGAUGAGCGACGCCUUCUGUGCAAUGCUCCGCCACUUUUGGCGAUUGGCUGCAUUUUGAGUAAACUCCGCCAAAGAUGAUUGUGUAGCAGCCUUAACCAAAUCCGUCCAGCGGGUUGGAGAUCGGCCUCUGGAUCUUUUGCCUUGGACUUGCCCUUGCACUACCAACCGUUCUAUAGAAUCAUGAUUUCUGGAGAUGUGGCCAAAGAACUUUAAGACCCGUAAAAGCACAGUCGACGAAAGCCUUUCUUUUAUCUUUAGUUCAUUGAGAAUGGAAAUGUUGGUUCUGAAUGCUGUCCAAGGAAUCCUCAACAAACGCCUCCAACACCACAUCUCAUGGGCAUCGAUCUUGCGACGGUCUUGUAGACGCAAGGACCACGUUUCCGCACCGUAGAGAAAGAUUGGAAAGACAAGACAACUCAUAAGUCGAACCUUCGUGGUUUUGGUGAUUCUCCUAUCUUUCCAAAUCUUGCUAAGUUUAUCCACUGCCGAUCUAGUAAUGGCACAACGUCUCCGGAUUUCAAUCUCACAACCACCAGUAUU